AUGAAGGCAGCGAAAUCAGGAUCGGAUCAGAUUCCAAUCGAAUCAGAGACGAAAAGGCACGCGGGGACGAUGCGGCGGAAGAACGCACGCAGUACGGGGCGUGGAGGCGGCGGGCAAACUCGGGCGCGGGCGGGCGUGAAGGCGGCGCGGGCCGGCACCGCGCGGGCGGGCUGGCACCAGCGCGGGCGGGCGGGCCAGCCGGGAACAGAGAGGCCGGGGCGGGAGGAAGCCGGGGAGAAGCGGCGGCGGGGAGCAGCGGCGACCGGGAAGAAGAGGGGCGGCGGGGAAGCAGCUGGCCGGUGGGGAAGGGGGCUGGCCCGCAGCGGAGCAGCGGCCGAGGAGGGGCGGCGUCCGGGGAGAGGCGGGCCGGCGGGCGGAGCAGGGACCGGGGAGAGGUGGCGGCCGGAGAGAGGCGGCAGCCGGAACAAGCCAAAGAGAAAGAGGCCGUACGGACUAGAAGAAAAAGAGGAUCAAUUUUGGCUCUGA